UUCCAUGAGAGUCCUAGAUAGAGUUUCCCCUCCAUGCCUCCUGUGUUAUUAAUAAAUACAAAGUGAUCCUGUGUUUUCCUGGAGACAUACGGAGAGCAAAGAACUACUUAGUGCUAAAGAACAAACUCCACUCAAAGGUUUUGAAACACUGGGACUGGCAUUUCCAAAACAUUUGUCAUGAGCAGAAAACAGCAAGUGGAGGACGACAGCAACACAACAUCCGCUGAGGAAUUACACAAUGAGGAUAUUUCAAAACAUGACAUACACACUGACUCUGAAACAGCCCUGUGUGAAACUACACUGCUCAACGCACUAAAGAUGGACCAGAUGGGCAUGAAAGCUCUGGGGGAACUUUUUGAGUACUGGAUUCAGCAAGUGUCGGGUCUGGAGAGGCAGAGGGACGAGCUGAUCCAGGAGCUUCUCGCUCUGAACGAACCUAUUCUGCAGGUUGUGGAGCACCUCAGAGAAAAGCUGAUGGCAGCGAGGAGGCUCCUCACUCUGGCUCAGCUGGAUUAUGUCGCCACGCACGAGGAAGUGGAGCAGGUGAAGAGGAAACUGUUCACCGCAGCCAGAGACUGCAUCCAGAGUCAGGUGACGCUGGCUGGACAGGAGUACGAAGUGGCUCAGUCUGGUCUGACGCAGGAGGAACUCAAGGCCAGUCUCCAUGAUCUGUCCCAUGAGUUGCACCAGCUGCAGACUGACCACCAGAACCAACUCAACUCCCUCAGAGAUCAGGUCUCUAGACCGCGCCGGUCGAGGACCAUGAGUGAUGUCAGCCAGUGUCGGCAGGCUUCCAUCAGGCUGCAGCGGAGGCUCAGCGGCAGCGUAACGGCACUGGAGGGCUGGUACGAGCCACGCAUGGUAGCCCUGCUGAGGAGAAGGCAGGCCGGGGAGGAAGCACUGAGAAACUGCAAGGAGCAGGCGAUGGACCUGAGAACCAGCCUGGGUCCUCUGAGAGAAGACAUACGGAGGCUGGUGGUGCAGAGAUCCUGUCUGCUGAAACGGAUCAAUCUUAUGGAGAUAGAGAGGGAGGAGAGGACAGCACAUCACAAGAAAACAGUGGAAGGACUACAAGGGAUGUUGAGAGAAUUAAAAUUGGAGUUUGAGAUUCAGAAAACCUUCAGGACUGAUUUGGAGCAGCUCACAGAGGGCCUGAAAACAGAGCUCACAUUUUUAAGAGGCAACGAUGAACCGCAUAACAUCUCUGAAGAGGACGAACAGUUAUCGAUUUCCAGAGGCUGAAAGCAGAUCAAACCCCAGAACAGCUUCAAAGUUUACAUCAUGGUCUUGCAGAUCAUGUUACUUUAAGGAUACAUUUGAACCUUCCUGUGGACUGAUCUACAAAAACACAACUUCAGUGGCUUUUAGAAGCAAAAACUGCUCCCACAACUUUGAACUUAAGCUGUUGCAGAUUUUCUCCAAUAUAAGCAGUCAGAAUUUUACCAGAUUAUGCUUCUCAGAAUUGGACAAGUUUAUGGAGUUUGUAUUUUUAACUUCAACACCAUGAGAAUUUAAUAAAAAACAAACACUGGUUUUUA